AUGCGCUGUGUUGAAAGCACUUCAGCACUUGUGGACGUCGCUAUUCCACACCUCCUCGAUGUUCCAUCGAAGGCGUUGGAAAGACUAACGCUAAGGCCUGUCCAUCCUUGUAAUUACCAACUGGCAUCUGGCGACGUUGAUGCCCCACCCCCUCUCUUCAAUCGAUUCGCAAAUUGGAGGUCUUGUCAGGUUUUCCCCACCCUGACGAUGCGGAAGUACAUUCCCCUCACUGUCCACCAGAUCGUCAUGACGACGCGUCUUUGUUGGGAGGCGUUGCCCCUGGAGACGGCGCACGCAGUGGCAUAA